AUGGGUUCCAGAAAGCCGAGCACGUGGUCGGUGACGCUCAAGAGGGACAACAAACACCAUCCGUGGGGUAUCCGGCUGGCGGGCGGAGCGGAUCUGAACACUCCGUUGACCAUAACCAAGGUAAUAUUACAACAUAUAAUUAUAAAUAAUGUGCGAUACACCUUUAUAUUGCGUUUUUUCGUAAAUUCUCCGUGAUUCUAGAUUCGGAGCGAAGCGAUUUGGUUUUAACAAUGACGUUUAUUUUUUUUUGUCUUUUUAAAAAACGGAAAAAUAUACGAAAUGUGUUAGUAAAAAAUAUUACGAAUUUUUUUCCUUUGAACAAAUUUUGUACCUAUUAGAAUUGCUGCUCCGAUUUUCAAAUGUUAAACUUUUUCUGAAAGGCAAUUUGACUGAGAUGGAGAUAUACUCCUGGGAUACACUUUAGAAAAAAGUGUAAAUAUAACGGCCCUUCAAAACGUGUGUGUAACCAAACUCCGUUUAGAAUCGUUUUUCGUUAGCAACGAUUAAUCGUUGCGUAUAGAAAUUUAUUAAAUGUCCUCUCUAUACCUUCCCAACUUCUCACCCAUAACAGUGGCCCGCUCACUGUGCGAAGUAUGUCCGUUUGUUUUUUUUUUUCAUUCGGUAUGUCUACGAAAACACUAUACGUACCUAUUUACUUGUGGUUGAUAGGCGGUCAGACGAGUACCCCCUAUAUACAGGAGCCCAGGAUUGACCGGGAAAAAUGUGCGGUCAUUUUUGUGGAACCUUAAAAAGUUUUUAUUUUUUUUUUUCGCUUUUUCACUUUCUUAUACCAAACGUGAGUAAAUCUUUAGAAUUCAAUUCUCUUUAGUUUGUUUCAAUUUGUAUUUUCUCCUACCUAGUCAUGAUUGCGACUAGAAGCGGGACCGCCUCUAAAGCGUCUUCAAGCCCUUCGGUCCUUGGUAAUGUUCGCUGCACAGACGCGUUUCGAGUGCGAGGAAUUCCUUUAUGCUCGUGCAGGUUAUACAAUAUAGGUACUUACCUUAAAAGGUUCACGAGCGGAUAACGUACCUCCACGUAUUGUGGAGGCGAGUGUAUAUACUUCUGAGAACGCAUACGCGUACGUGUCGCGCACCUAAAUUUUUGGUAACAAUAGUAUUUACCUAUUCGAUUCUGCGUGUGCGAGAUUUUUGUUUUUUUUUUUUUUGUUUGUUUCUGUUAAACCAUAAUUAUCGUCUAUUAUACGGAUCGUUUUUUUUUUUUUUUUUAUUAUUAUUAUUUGCUUAUUGUGAUGUUUUACAACCUACCUAUUGAUAAUAAAUAUAACUUCUAUACUAGUACAGGUAUCCGUUUUGGUUUUUACAAAGUUCAAGAUUGUUGUUUUUAACUUUACCGCUUGUAUACGUAAUUCAAAUCGAUAUUUUUGUCGAGUGCGUAGGUUUAUGCUGUAUAUUAUACCUAUUACAUUGCAACUCACCCAUAGAUCAAAGUAUCGCGUCAAUAAUUUUUAUGUCGACUGGAUAAAUAUUUGUGUUCUUUUUUAUUACCAUGUUUAGUGUUUACUCUAAUUAUACAUUCUUCAACUAUACGUAAUAUACACAGGUAGCUGCUGGUAAUGCAUUCGAUGUUAUACAGGUGUUUUUUUUGUCUUAAUACAACUUUAAGUAGGUACCCGCUUUACUAAAAUUAUAUUAUAGAAAAUUUUAAACAUUUAAUGUAUUUGAGCCAAAUUUUCGGACUUGAUGAUAAUAUUUUCAACCGUCUUAUUUAUAAUUAUCCGUAACAGACCAAGCUGAUGCUGCAGCGUGUCUAUACUUGCCAAAAUGUAUAACCAUUUAAAAAUACAUAUUAUAAUAUGAGCUUUAAUGGUUUUAGGCUGAAGUCAUUAGUCGAAUAGUUGAUAUGGAAACGUGCACACUGCAUAAAAUGUGCUCUGGUUUCUUAAUGUAAAAUAUUUGCUAAUAUAAAUUACGUUUUAUUUUUUUGUAACUGGCUUUUUUAUUAUUAACCGCCGUACUUGUAUAUUAAAACAUUAUGCAUUGAGUAAAACACUGAUAUAUAUAUAUAUAUGACAAAACCGUUAAGAAAUCGAUGGGCCGUGUUACAUUAUAUAUCAUACAAAUUUAAAGACAAGUCUUGGCUAUUUAUAGCUUAUACCUAUCUGAAUUAUCGUUUGCAGUUGUUACUGUUUUGUGUAUCUAAUUGUAAAUUAUAUUUAUAUACCUAUUGUUGAAAGGAAAAUGGAAUGUUCUACUUUUGGCCGUUCGUUAUAUUUAUAUCUUACAUUAUACUAGACUUUUUUAAUUGUAAAUAAUUAUUAGGUAGGAACGUAUUAUCUUAUACAUUCCAAUAACGUCCAUUUUUUUGUUGAAAUAGCUCUUGAAGUUUGACUUAGGUAGGGAGAGAGCACUGGAGUCAGUACUCGAGUUAAUAAAAUUAAAGAAGAGGGACUAUAAGACGUAAAAAAAAAAUUAGCAUUCCUUGUAAUUAUUGAACUCAACUCAACUCGUGGGAGACUUACACACCUUUCACACUAAUUUUUCAACAUAAUUCAGUAAUUCAUAAUUUCCGAAAACAAACACUACCUACCGCAGGCUAACUUUUGAUUUCCUAGUAUCUACUAUAGUAGAUAUUCUUUACAUAUUUUAGAUUCUAAUAUGAUGGUUACCACUAUGAUUCUAUUAUGAUCAUGUGUUUGUUCUUUUUCUGUAUGUGAACAAUUUUUCUACCAGAAAUCUUGUUUUUUCUAGGUUAUUUUUUCAUUUUCUUUAUAAUAUUCUUAAUUACGAGGAAACCCCUAGAAAAAACGUGGAGAAAACUUGUAACUGUUACAUUUAUUGCUUCUGUUUUAUUCUAUUUCAUUUAUCUUUGUUGAAAAAUAAUCAUAGAGAUCAGAAAUUCCACUGAAUACUUUUAUAGUCUCUUAUAUACAGUUCUUUCCAGACAUGGUACCUUAUAUCCUCCACUGCGUCUCAUGCGUUCCACUUCAUACAAAUAUUAAAGGUACACUUACAUUUCUGAAAAAUUAUUUGAGGUACUCCGUCCCUCUGCUUCCCCCCUCAAUUCGAGUACUAAGUCUGGAGUACUAUUCAAAAUCCGCACGCCGAACCGCCAUACAAAUGAUACUCCGCUACUUUCCCCCACUCAAACUUAAAAUUGGAAUGUUCCGUGAACAUUUCACCACCAAAAUUUAUUUAAACUAAUAGUCUAUCAAUUUAUGGAAAUUUAAUGUAGCUUAACAUUCUAAAAUCAAAAGUUGGUAGUUGUUUCACGCCCAAAAAUAAAGGUGACAAAAUAUAAUGGAAAUGUAAUAUUUUAGAACUGUUUGUAUCUUAAAUGGUUAUACAAACAUUUUUCAAGUUAAGUUGACUUUAUAAUACUUUGUGAAAUAAUAAGUGUUCAACGACAAAAGAAUCACCCUGUUUAUGAUUAUUAAUUUUUUGAUUUCUAACCAAGUAUGGUAGUUGAAAUUAAAACACAUUUUAUAUUGUUAUAACUUUUAGGUCUCGUUGUGAAUAGGAAAAGUAAAACAAAAUGCUAAUUUUAAACAAAACACUAAUUUGUUAUAGUGAGAAAUUAGAGAUAUUUGUGUUAACAUUAAUAUAAGGUAAUUAUUAAAGGUAACAUUAUUAAGAUACAGGUAGAUCGGAUUUUAUACCUAUUUGAAAUAUUGAUUUGGAUUUGAAAAAAGUCUGCGAUGUUACAUCUUAUGAACGCUUAAUUUUAAAUUUUCUCUGAAACUAUAAGAUAUAAAAAGUUGAUCUAAAGAUCAUUAAAAAAAACUUAACUAAAAGAUACAAAAUAUGAAUUAAACAAAUUAUUUCAGUUGUAUACAAUUAAAUAAAUUUUUCAAUUUCAGCUAAAUUGUUCUUUAGCUACUCAAAUUUUUGAAACCGAUUUAAACGGAUUUUGUGGUUAGAGCUCUUCUUAGAAUCAAUUUGCUGGCAUGUAGCAGUGCAGUAAAAAGAUUCAGAACUUUAUCUGAUAUAGUUCAUUCACUAUAAAGCUUUAAAUUUGUACAUCAUAAAAACACCCCCUCCCCUUUCUAAAUUGUCAUAAUUUUUGAACUAAUUGAUUAAUAAUGUAUAAAACUACUUCGUCACAGUAAAAUAGUAAUUAUUUAAAUAAUGUUCUUCACAAAAAAAUUACAUGAAACAUAUUUUUUGAUAUAUGUAGGCAGUUUGUUAUAUGCUGUGUAAUUUAAUUUCAUUAUACUUUCAGUUUAUCUAAAGUAAGUCCAUUAGAUAGGCAUUACUUGCGUUAACCUUACAAUAUAUAUAUUUUAAUUGAUUCACUAAAAAAUAUUAAAAAUCAAAAAAGACUUUGUAAGCGAUCUUUAUUUCAUGAUUAAUGGGCGAAUGGCACGUCUUUCAUUUGUGUGAUUGUCGUGGAUUUCAUCAAAAUAAAUCUAUUCUAUAAAUAUAUAUUAUAAUAUAUUAUAAAGGACUCAUACUCGUAUAAUUAUUCCUUGAUAAAACAUUUGUUUUUCUUUCUAUUGUAUAAUUGGUUUUGUCUAUUAUAUGCUAGUCCCGAACUAUCUCAUCACGCAACACAGUAUGUGUAUUCUAAAAUGUGAGUAUUGUAUAGGUACACACAAUAUUAUUGUUCCAAGUCCGUGACCACGCCACGAAAUCACCACUUCAGGAAUCAUAAAAUGUAUUAUGUACCUUCCUGUGAACGUGCAUACAUUUUUAUUCGGGUCACAUUACCUUUAUGUAUGUACAUUAUACCUAUCUUUAGAUGCCUGUAAAGGUACUUGUUGUUUUAGAACAUUGAACUUUGUAUACUGUAUAGUUUAUUUAACAGUUAAAACAUACACCGCGUGAAAUCAAUAAUAGUAUAACAUACGUUAUCCACGCGUGUUCUGUGGCCGUCAGUCAUAUCUGACUUUUGCUAAAGCAAACACAUUUAUGAUUAUAUUUUACACGAAUACCUCGAUACUCGUGUUUUGAACGAUAUAAUAUUAUGAUCGGGAUAUUAUAUUUACCGUAUAUUCGUGAAUUUCUUAAAAACUAUACUGUACAUAAAAUAUAUAUAGGUUUUAAUGUAAAGUGUGAUAAAUGGUCAGCUAACAUAGAGUGCCGGUAAUACCACUCUACAACGAUGUAUUAUCUAUUAUCCAUAUAAACUAUAAUAUCCGAGAAACGUGUUAAUUUUGUGGGUUUUUUUUAUAUAGGUAAACGUCGCGUCACCCAGUGGUGGUAACCUGAGAGUUGGUGACAUCAUAAGGAAAAUCGAAAUGUACGAUGCCCGCGAUUUGAGACACUUGGACGCGCAAAACCUUUUCGGUAACGCCGAUCAGUCGAUAACUCUGGUCAUCCAAAGGUAAGCUUAUGCCGAGAAAUUAUCUAUUCAAAACAGACAACUCUGUGUGGACUGUGUGCAAGUUAAAUAACUUCGCUAGUUCCUAAUAGCUAGAAAUAUGAAUUUAAUUCGAUGUUUGGGAAAUUCCUUUCAAAAUAUAGCGAAUUCCCGUUCACAUUCCGAAGUCGAAAAAGUAACGUAUUUCCAUAAACUAGUCAUUAAUUUUAUAGUGAAUGUGUUCAUAUUCAUAUUGAUCAAAAGUUGGAAUGCAUUUCAACAAACAAAAUGUUUAAAUUGUUUAAUAUUUCUUCUUGUACUAGAUAGGUAUCUAACCUAACCUACCAUAAUCGAUUACUGAAUAUUUACAGAAAUAGUAGAUUAAGGUAAAUCCCAUAUACAUAUAUAUAUAUAUAUAUUAUAUAUAAUUAAUUUUUUACAAUAAUAUCGCUCAAAUUUUUGAUUAUGAUUUUUUUGAGACUACCAUUAAACAGAAUUCAAAUUUUACAUUCAUAUUACGACAUUAACUAAAUGCAUUAGCAUUUACCAUUUAUUUACUUAAAAUUAAUGUAUUUACGAACUAAUUCCUCUAAAAAGGAAUGCAUUAAGGUACGUUUCGGAAAUCAAAUAAAUUAUACGAAAUUUCCACUGUCGGAAUUUUAUUUUAUAUUAUAUUUCGUUAAUGUUGACUUUUUAACAACGGAUAACAAGUAGAUAAUUUGAAAAUUACUUUUCGUAUCCGUUCUUUAGAUUAUCUCGGAAUUCGUGUCACUGUCAUAAACCAAAAGUCUCCAAGAGCCCCUAAGAGCUUCUGUAGAGUCUUAAUUCACAUUGCGAACCAUUAAACAACAAAUCUCCAAAACCCAAACGUUUCAAUAUUUUAAAUUCGGAGCAUAGCGAGGAAUGUAUUGGUUCUACAAUGAUGUUUUUUUCAAUUUUUUUAACUGUGAAAAACUUUUAUUCCAGAAAUCUUAUUCCAAUUUUCAAGUGUAGUAUCUUUUCUGAAAAGAAAUUUUAUCUGGAUGGUACUUUAAAGAGGUCAUUUUGUACCUCAGGUAGGUCAAGUGGUUUUCAUAAUAAUCGGGGAAAACCGUGAAAAAUCGUAGGAAAAACGGGAAAAUGUAUCUACAUGUAUAAAAUAAACUUAGCUUCGAAUCGUUUUAUGUUAGCAAUGGUUUAUCGUUGCAUACAGAUAUAAAUUAAAUUACUCACUAUAUCCUACCUUCCCAAAUUCUCACAUACAACAGUGGCCCACCCGUUGUAGGAAGUAUGUCUGUCUUUAUUUAUUUAUUUUUUUUCUGAAUAUUUUCUAUAUACAGAGACGCGCCUAAUUUAAACGGUAGCCGCUCCAGCAGUCCAAGCCUGUCGAGAACCACGUCGCUGGAUAGCGUCAACAGACCGUUGUCCAACCCACUUCACUUGCAACCGGCCAACUACACAUCUACCGUCAACGGCCUGUACGGGUACGAGCGAAUCGGCCAGUCGCCCGUCAACAAUUUCUGCCGUUUCCCGCCGUCCCUGGUGGACGCGUCUUACGACGAAUCGUACGAUUUGACGCAAGAUCACCAAGUAAGUGCACACGCUGUACAUAAUUAUUAAAGAUAUAAUAAUAUAGUAAACCGUGUCGUAUAUACACACGAAAAACGUAUGUACCGCAACCGUAUUAUAUCCGGACUAUAACCGCUCGGUACGAAAACCAAACCACGACCCGUUGGUCGAAACCGAAUAGGUUCUUAAAAGAAUUGAGCGUCAUGUUUGUAAACCUAAAACUUAAUAGAUGAAAAAUCAUCACGAUAGGUUUCGAUGGCAUAAACGCGUCAACGUUAUUAUCAUUUAUGUACGUACACAUUAUACGUAUAAAUUAUGUAUUUAUACUAUCGAUUGUCUGUUAGUCGUGAAACGUAUGAUUUUCGGAAAGGUUAUACGAUCGGAAGAACUAUGUGCAUUGUGAAGGUUGAGAACUGGUAAAUCGUAAUUUUGUUUUGGUUUAACUCGGUUAAUCGCAUAGUUGAGUCAGUAUUUAGUGUUUAUAGUUGUAACACUUGGACGUGUGUUAUCUGUGAAGGCGCCUUUAGUGCCGUGCAAUGUCUGUGUUGUACACCACAGAUUCCCGUGCAUAAAAUACAACAUAAUACAUAGGUGCUUGUAGAUAAAAUACAGUACGAAACAAGUCGAAAUAUAAUAGUAUUGUUUUGGGCUGCCGGUAGAUUUAUAAAAAUUGCAUAAGUAGCAAUAAUAACAGCAUAUAACAUUAUUUUGUAAGUAAAAUAUAAUAAAAAUCGUAGCAGACUUAAUUAACAAUCUGAUAUCUGUAUUUCGUCAGACAUUCGUUUGUGUGUUAUCUAAACAAAAAAUUAUUGGAAUUUUCUGAUUUAUUUUGCCACUCUGGUCGUUUACCAAACGUGUAGAUCGUUGAAAUUCACAAUAUUACAUUAGACGUGUUUGGUGUUUACCAAAUAUAGGUAAUUACUCGAAUAUCCACUCUAUACUUCCUUGCUAAAGUUGUGUACACACACGGUUAACCAAGUAAUGCAACCGUAUGAGUGGAAUGGGUGUAGAUUACUGGUGUGUUGAUAUUACAAGAAGUCUUAAAAAGGAAAAAAAAGGUCUAUGGGUUUUGUUAUGCACUUUUAUUUAAUGCUGUCUGCUUAACUUCUUUCUUCUAUGUGCCACCGUAGUGCUUCCAAAUUUUCUACUCUAACUCAUAACCGUGAGUUGAACAUUCACUUUAAUGUCUUCCUAUUUUUCUAAAUACUUGCUAAAUAUUAAGUCUUGAUGGAUGUAUUCUUUAUCUGAACCGUUGCCAAUUUGUUUUGUUUUUCUAUAUUUUACUUAGUCUAGUUAAACUAAUGGAAAUAACUUUUAAUUUUUUUUCCUUUGCUUCCAGUUGAUUUUCGUAUAUUCCCUAAUUCUCUUGAGACCGUUCUUCAUUCAUUUCCAAACUAUAUAACUUUUUUAAAUAUUUCGUUUUAAAAUUUGACAUUAGUUAAUAAUAAUACUUUUAAACUAUUAUAAUACGUUUUAUGCGUUUAACAGCAAUUGAUAAAUUAUAUAAAUGGAUAUAUAGUAAUAAAAAAAAUUAAGUUAUUAAAUAUUAUUUUAUUAUUCUUUAUACAUUGAAUAAUUGAUAAGACGUGAAAUUACUAUCCGCCAUUUUGAGUAGGUUAAAUGGAUUAAAAAUAGCAUCCACUAAAACACAGAUAUAGAUAUGAUUAAGUAAAUUUAGCAUUUAGCACCUUUCUAUACCUAUGUUAAAAUACGAUUAUAAUACUGUUACUGUUUUUAGUAUAAUAAUAAUUUGUAUUAUUUGAUAUUAUAUUAGACAUUUAUGAAACUAUACCUGUGUAAUCAACUUAUCAUAAACUUAUUUUCCUGAAUGUAUAGAUUGUUGGUAUAAAAGACAGUGACAUAGAUAGAAGAAGGGCCUCGGACAGUUAAAAACUAGGCCUUUUAACUAAUAUAAUUUUUAUGAAAAUUCGAAAUAUACCUACACGUAACAUUAUUUUUUCAAGGGUAAAUAAUUACUAUGGAACUAUAAAUAACAUAAAACCAUUAAAUUAAUUAUCAUCACAAGUUUAAAUUAAUUAGAUAACGAUAAAUGACUAAACAAAUGUCAAAUAAUAAAAUGAAUUUGUUACUUUCAUGAAAAAAUACAUUGAUUAAACAUUAAAAUUUUGGCUAUAUCUGUGAUAAAUUGUAUUAUCAAAAUUAUGACAUAAGAUACAAAUGACCUACUAGUAACGGCGGAUAUAUGGCUCCAGACGUUUGUAUCGUUAGUAUAGGGAACCUAGCAAUCUAGUUAAUUAUCUAUAUCUGUGAAAGAGGACGUGAUAAUUAUCAUCUAAUACCAAGUGCACCCCAUUGCAUCCCGGAGAUUACGUCCACGCUCCUCCAUGCCUCACUAUAAAUUUUGAAUUGUUAUAACUCAUAAACGGUGAAUCUGAUAUUAUGAUGUGUUGCACACAUCAUAAUGUUUAAAAAAGUAUUCAGUUUAAAAAGAGGAGUUCCUAUUUGGAAAUCAAGAGUAAGUGUACACUCAUUUAAGCUAUACAGAGAAGUGGUAAAUAAUUAAUCAUAGCUUUAAAAUAAAACUAAAAAGAUUUCUUAAAGGUUAAAUAAAACUAAAAUUCAAUUAAUUUAAAUUACUUUCAAAAAUUUGCUGGUUCAUGAUCAGAGAACCACUCUGUAUUAUAUACUAGUUGAAUGACCCGGUAUUUCCCGGGUUGACCCUUAUCCCUAAAACAGUUAAUCGUUGUUGCCCGGUAAUUUGACUUUUAAAAAAUAUACUUCCGUCCGUGACAAUUAAAUAAAAUAAAAAUACUGUUUUUUUUUUUAAAAUUUCAUUCGUGUCAUUAAAAUAACCCAUAAAUCAACCAAAUAAAAAAAAAUAAAUUUUAUCAUAUUAAAAUAACGAAAAUGAAAUGUGAACCUUACUUGAGUGGUUAAAUUUUGAAAUAAAAGUAGACGAGUGCGAUUUUACUUCUGAUUUAUCAAAUGUGUAAAGUUUUAUCGAGAUCGGAAUAAAACCGCAGAUUUGAAUAUUUAUUAUACGGUUUCAAAAUAUUAAAUUACCUAUACUAAUACUAUGAGUAAUAAAUGUUCAUUAUUGUAGUAUUCACAAGUCAAUUUGGGGGGGGGUCAGGAGAGAGGGUUAUGAUAACCCCUUAACACCUAACUUCUAUUCCCUGCCCUCGCCACUGCAGUCGAAAACACACUGGACGGGGUUGGCGAUCGCGCCUGAGUCCGGUCUCGUGAUCGCUCGCGUGCCGGAGCGGUUUUAUCGUAAAACAACUCACGUUUGAUCGAUAUGCGAGUGCGGCGUCACCGUCAGCGAAAUAAUAAUAAUAAUAAAACGAACCGCGUUAACACGUGGCGGCGGCAAACGGACGAAAAACAUAAAAUUGACGUCGACGAGAGAGCUAUUUCGAGUGAUGAAAAUACUGCUCAAGGUGAAACGGCGAAAUUCGCAACGGACCGUAUAAUAAUACGUGGCGUUCGGUCCCGCAGCCGCCGCCGCUGCCGCGUGCCACCCCGGGGUGCGUACAGAAAUAGCUUGGACUGUUUUCUCGACACAUGAAAAAUGAAUAAUUGUUCACGCCGUUAUCGUGUUUUCCCUUGACGUCGUGCUGGUUAAUAAACAAUGUUAAAAUUUAGUUGUGGAGUAUAUGGUACCUAAAUUAUAAUGUCAUCGUGUAAUGCAUACAAAAUGAAUUACAGUUUGUCUUUUUUUUUAUUAUGGUACUUCUGUCCAUACGGUAUCAAAAUAUCGUGUUGUUCCAUCGAUUCUCGUUCUAUGGUUUUCAAUUUAAACAACGUUUCAAACACCUAUAUCUACUAAAAUUUUAAUUAUUUCCUGUCGUGUCACGAUCGUCCCGUCGUCGCUGUUAACGACAUAACUUCGCAGACACAGUUCAUAUUAUUAUAAUAUAAUAAACUUUAUGAAAGUUAAAUUUAUUUUUUAAAUUUUAAUAUUCGUGCGCCUCGAAAAUACGAAUACGCUGCACGACGAAACACUAACCUGAAAAUAAUGGCUUCAAAUAUCCUGUUAAACAAACAACAGAUUAUCGAACACGUAUAUUAAGUAAACAAAAAAUAAAAUUAUUUCAUAUUGAUAUAAUUUAUUGUAGCUUACAUGGCGAUAGGCACCUACUGUGUUAGCUCAUACCCGUGAUACAUGUGAUAUUAUGUUACGACGGGAAAUGGUGUUUUAAUAAAAAAUUAUUACAUACACGUUCGUUAGUCCUAUUUAUUUUAUAACAUUGUACACUUAUUAUUCGAAUCGUAUUGGUUUGAAUGCAUAAAGUUUAUUACUCAAUACAUUUUGUCUAUUAUAGACAAAUAAUAUUUCAAUUUUUUUGAUCAAACUUUGUAUAGUAUAGAAACGCAUGAUAUAAGCAGAACUGUGUUAAGCAUUUUUGGUAUCCAGUGGCAUCAAUUUGUAUAUACUCCCACUUAAAAGUUUUACCUAGGGAUGAUUUGGGGUUCAUCCCUUCCAAAUUUGUUGUAUUUUUACAAUUUCAUGAAAUUCGUAUUAAAAUUUCAAGAGAUAAAGUGCCGAUUAAUUUAUUCGGUUCAAAUUGUAAAAUGAUUAACGUACACGUAUAAAAAAUACUUCGCUCUAAAUCGUUUUUCAUUACUAUUGGUUUACCAUUUCGUACAGGUAUAAAUUUCUCUCUAUAUUCGACCUUCCCAAUUUCUCACCUACAACAGUGACCCACCCAUCGUGCGAUAUAUGCCCGUCUUUUUUUUUCUCUGAAGUUCAACAUAAACUUAAUUUUACAAUAAAAUUUAAUAAUAUUAAUAAUUUCUUAAUAUACGUAUAUAGUAUAUAUAGUAUGUAAUACAUUUUGUAGACGUUUACAACGAGUUUUAUUUAUAACAUAAACAAGUUACUUAGGAACAACGUGUUAGUUAUAUUACAUAGGUUUGGGUAAUUAAAACUAUAGCACUAUGCAUCGCCGAAGCCAAUAAAUAAUAACCACAGCUUUCUCGUACAGUUUUAUAAUUAUCAACAAUCAGUUAUCAGGGACACCACUUUUUCGAUAACAGAGUUAUUAUUAUCAUAGAGUAAUAAAAUCAAUUUAUUCUUCAUUAAUUGUAUUAUGGUAUAAUUUAUUUCCGUUUUUAUAAUUUGUCGUUUUCAUUUUACCAUUUUUUCUUUUAAUAUCGUUCUAUAAAAAUGUUUUCAAGAAAGUUAUAAUAUUGUGAAUUAUUUUAUCUAAGUUGGAAUAUUAAGUAGGUACGAAUUGUUCGAUAUAAACAACAUAUUCAUGGUAUUCAGUACUAGAUAUGAUUUUAUUUCAACUCAGUACAUUAGAUGCACUACGUAUUCGAUGUAGUAUCGCAUUUGAAAAGUUACCUACUGAUACGAGCUCGUAGCUAUACUAUUGACCUAUUGGCAAUUAGUGCAGUUAUUAGAACGACUUAAAUUUUAAAUGAAACUCAAAUAGUUGGCAAAAUAACAACCUCUGGUUCUACAUAAUAUUAUGAUAUUUUGGUAUAUAUAUUUUUAAUAAUUAUUAUAAUAUUAUGUAACACUAAAUUAUAUAGGUAUAUAGUGGUAUACGUUAUACACUUCCUUUUUCGUAGGAUCCUUUACAGCUUUUACCAUAAAAUACCAUUUAACCAGUGACGUGCGCAAUGGAGGGGAAACUAAAAGUUAUAUUCACCCCAUUGGCUUAAAAAUAUAAUGACUAUGAGUAUUUAUUUUGUAAUUCAAUCACGAAAUGUAUUUAUUUCAGCCAAAUUAUGAGAAGCUUGAUUUUAUUGAGUAUAAAUUUGCUUUUGAAUUCCUAUUUUCGGGUUAGGUAUAGAAGAAGUAUAGUGUCUACGAUUUAUUAAUGAUGAUUAUUAUUUACUACAUCCCCUCUAACUGAAAAUCCCGGGGCAUACCACUACAUUUAACUGAAUCAAUUAAAUAAAUUAUCUACCCAAAAAAUAGCAUGCUGCAGUGUUAACUAUUUAAUGUGCUUGUCUUGGAAAUUAAUUUAGGAACAAUUGUCCGAGUUUAUGUGAAUUACGAGUAUCUAAUCAUUACGAUAUUGUGUUUUGAAUUAUGGUGUAAAUAUACUUACUUUUUAUUAUAAUAUGUUUCUCUGAAACGAAUAUUUUGCGAUUUCUGUGUUAUAUGUAGUAAUGAUACAACGAACAUUUAGUGAUUUGAAACGGAUUGUGUAACGUUUAAUAUUAAAUGGACUCCGGGAGUCUCGAACGACUGAAGUUGAGGUUCCAAGACAAUAUGAAUGCAUUUUCUUUUUUUGUAAUUUGGAAGGGACACGAUGAUGACCAACAUCCACGAGUGGAUUAUAUUCUCGAGCCUUGGGCUAAAUAGUUCAAUGGAACAUGUUAGAUGUCGUAAAUGAAAAUAUUACGAAUAAUUAUCAUGAUGAAAUGUAUUUUGUUGAGAAAUUUUGGAUUUGAACCAAAAUAUACAGAGUUAUUUAUAAAACAUCUUCCAUAGAAAGACUUCUGACUAAUUUAAAAUGUUUUUGUACGUUUUAUAAAAAAAUAAAUAAUUAACAAAUUAUAAACAAUGUUUAAUUUUGUUUUAAAAAACAAAAAUAAUAAUUUAAUCGGGUUUAUAUUUAACUAUGUAUACUUGGUAUUUGAAAUUUCUUAACUUUCAAUUGAAGUUUAAAAGUCCAUUAUAUGAUAAUUGACAUCUGAAUCUGAAUCAGAGGAAAAACUGAAACGUUUGAACUUAAAAAAAAAACAUUAACGGAUUGUCAGACAUUAAUAAUGCAAUGGUAAAUACAAAUUAAUCUGCAGUAUAUCGUUGUCUAAGAAACAUCAUAGCCAAUUCUAGUUUUUUCAACUUUUCGAGAAGAUUAAAAACCGGCUAUGGUAUAAUAGUGUCUCGAACGAACAUAAAUCUAUUCGAAUUAUAAAAUUUAAUUUUUUUUUUUUGCAUUUUUCCAAACUGGCCAUGAUAGUUUUUAUUAGACGACGAUAUUAUGCCCAAUAAUUUUAAGAUUUUUCCUCGUCAUAUAUUUUUUUUUAUUUUGUACUUGACGUGUUUUUGAUAAGAAUAGGUAAUACAAUUAUAAUUUGGCAGACGGCCUUAGUUUUUGAAUUAAUGCCAAACAAUUAACAAGUUAGGUACGUGGCUUAUGGAAAAAUAUGUAUUUAUUUUAUAAAACAACAUAUAAUAUUAUGUUUUAUAAAACCAAACACAAUCGUGAAAUAAAAAUUGCAUAUUUUAAUUAUUUUAAAACUUCUAAUAUUUAAAACUUUACUAAUUCUAACUUUAAUAAUAGAAUUUUACUAAUUUCACAUAAACUAUUAUUAUAUGCUAAAUGAUUUUCACAUCUCAAAAAUUCGAUUCAGUGACGUUGGCUUUUUUUAAAAAAAGUAGAAAAUAGAAAUUUUCAAAGAGUUUUAACUAGCAAUAGUUUAUUAAGAGGUAAAUUAGAAUUUAAAUCUGGCAUAGUACUUUAAUGAGAUUAUAAUUUGAAUUUUCAUAUCUACAAAAAUAAUAAGUGCCAUUGAUUAAAAAUAAUAUACAAUUUAUAUAAAGAGGCGCACUAUUCACUAUUCAUGUAUAGUAUGGUGUCUUUUAAUUAAUUUUCUAGUUUUCAGUUAAAAAUAGUGGAAAACUAGAUAAUAUAUUGCGUUUAGAAAUAGAAUAUCAAUUUUAUUUUUUACUCUAUAGAACUGCAGUUUUUCAAAUUCUAUGUUAUAUCUACAACAGUCUGAUAAAAUGACUAAAAAUGAAAAACAUAUUCGAUGGAAAUAAACAGUCAAAAUAAAAGGAACUCUAUUAUUAGAAAUAGAAAUCCGUUUUAAAUAACUUUUCAUCGAAAAUUCGGAACUAAAUUGUUUUAUUAACUUUUUGACAACAAAUAUUUUUUGAUUAGUACUAUUAUUACUUAUUAUUACUUUAAUAUUUGUUCAUAAUAAUGUAAUUUCUUUGGUCUUUAGUUGACAACUGAAUGCAAGACUUGAUUUAAAAUUAUUUAGCUUGUGUACAGCGUAAUAUGUGCUGUGCUGUGUGAUGUGUAGUGUGAUCAUUUUUUAAGGGAACACAAAAUAUAUAAAGCCUGAUUACCUUGUAUAUUUAUUAAAUUCGAUUUUCCAUCUAGGUGAUAGGGAUUAUUAAAAAACACAUUUUAUGGGAAAAUAUAAGACUAUUCGAAUCGGGUGAUAAAAAUGAUUAUUUUUGAUUAAGAAAAUAUAGAUUUUAUUGCACCGACGUGUACCAAAAAGGUUAACAAAAAAAAGAAAAAAAAGAAAGAGGUUUAAUAUGUACAUUUAAGUACUUCCUAUACCUUUUGAUAGUGGAAUUUAAAUUCAAGGUUAUCCGUUAAACAAAUUUAGUGUUACCGAAAUAAAUGAUCACACUGUAUACAUCUUUUUACAAACAUUAUAAUAAUAUGGUCUAUAUAAUAAUAAUCAAAUAUUGUUAACCUAAUUUUCGUUGUAUAAUAAUUGUUGUUAAAUAAUAUACAUUUCAAGGUUCACGAAUUUAGUAUUAUAUUAUAGUCAUUAAGUUAAAAAUAAAAAAAAAACAUAGUAUCAUUUUUGUAUAUAUCAUAUAAACGAAAAUAAUUAUCUCAACGCCCGUCCUCGAAAUUGAUAAUAAAUACAAAUUUCAAGGAAUGUCGCGAAAAUUUAUCGUAUAAAAUUAAAACUGCUGGUAAAUAUUCUCUACUCUUAGCCCAUGGAAAAACGUCCGGUUUUAAUUUUAGAAGACCCUCGUAAGUACUCCGGAGUUUGCCAAGGCGCGUGGGAGAACGCCACGCUAUAUGUUAACUGUACACUCCAUCCGAGAUAAAGCCCGCAGUCAAAAGGCAGUCGUAGAAACUGAAAGCAACAAACUAUAUACUUAUCUGUUCCAAGUUUUUAUUCGAGUGAAACAGUGAAUAAUCAAACAAUUUCAAAAAUGAUGAUGUCACAUAUUGAUCCGGAACAAAACGUUUACGAACCCGAAAAUGCUCUACUAUGGGUAAGUCGGAAAUUAUUUUUGGAAACCAAUGAAGUACAAUAAUUAAACUUUAACAAACCCUCCGACAGACUUCCUCUUCUAACCAUUUAAAAGUAUCAUUCAUUUGUAAUAUAUCCGGAUAAGCUUUAAAUACAAAAUAUUCAUACAAUAUCAGGUUGUUCGUGAAUUUGGCGUAAAUUAAUUUUCUAAAAAGUUUUGGUGUACAAAUAUCGCCUAUUGGACAAUAGGUUUUAUUAGAAUUUAACAUUUAGAUAAGAUAUGUGCAGUGACAAGAGAAUAGAAUAUAAGGUUUUGUUUUUAUUAUUUAUUUCAGAAAAGUAUUUUUAAUUCAGAAAAUUUUGCUGUAAAUUUCAUAAGUUGUUAUUAAAAACUGAAAAUUUAAAAAGUAAUAAAUCAUCGAUACAAAUAAAUAUUUGUUGUUAGUAUUUGGUUAUGAAUAAAAAAAAUUUUGAUUAAAUUGAAUUUGGUUAAAAAAAAAAAAAUCAUAUGCUUAAUGUAUAAAGAAUUUACCUACUAGAAAAUAUGAUAAAAAAAAAAAUCACUUUACAGCUAUAAACUAUAUACUGUACAAUAUAUUAUAAAUAAGUAUUUUUAACCUUCACAAUGAUUCAAAAAAAUACACCAGAAACUCGGUUUAUUAAUAUGUUUGAUGUUGAGAUUAUGAUCGAUAAACACUAAACAUUUGCCAGGAUGAACAAGAGUAUUCUUAACUUAUUUUUAUUUUUUUUACUAUAUACAUAUAGUUAUGAUAACUAAAAUUUUAAAUAAUAAUAAUAAUAAAAAAAAAAAAAAAUACUAAUUUUUAAAUGAUUUUAACAUAAAUCAUAAUCAGUGAGAACCUAAUACUAUUAGGCACAUGUUUAUAUAAAUAAUUUACGAUUUUAAUACUUCCAAAGUCCAUUAUUUUAAACGUAGGUACGUUUAAAACUAAACUACAAUACAUAAUAUUAUUUUAAUAUAAUAAUAUUGAAAAUAACAAUUUUGAAAAAUAAUAUCGGUACGUUUUCUACUAGAAAGAUUAAAGUUCAUAAAUUAUGAUAUAAGUAUAUAUGUGUAACAAAAAUAGAAAUCGAAACAAUUUGUUGAUGAAGACGUGGCUAAAAAAAAACCAAACCCUAUAGAUACGUGCUCGCAAGAAACAUGAUUUGAUCCAUAUAUUUAUCUAAUAAAAUUGGAAUGAAAUGUUGGUAAAAUGAAUUAUCAACAAUAAAUAUUGAUUAUUAUAUGUUACCUAAUAUAUGAUAUUGAUGUUUUUUCAAAUAUUUAUAUACAUUAUAUAACAGAAAUAUUAAAUUCAUCAAAAGGAAAUGUAUUAUAUAUUAUGAAAUAAAUUGUUCGAAGAAUAUAUAUAUUGGAUACAAAAAUACAUAUAUACGAUAUCCGAGUGUGAAUUCGGCAAUGCGUAUCACUGGAUAACAUCACUAUGGCUGUUUUCAAAAAAAAAAAAAAAAAUAAAAUAAAAUAACCUUUGACGGCCGUUUUUAGAUCAAGUGAUUAUUUUUCUAGCCGUACAGAACGAACCCGUUGGUAUUGCCUGGAGCUAAGGUUAAGAGGGAUCAGCCUAAAAUCCAAUCGUACUUACGUCACCAUCCAAACCCGAUGAUGAGAGCGAAUCCGUCACACCACGAUCAACCCAUGGAUACGCUGAUGAAACAAAAGGUAAAUAUUUGUUUUGAGUGUUUAUAGUUGCCGGAUUGUUACGGUUCUUUAAUUGUUAGGUCACAGAUACGGUGUUGCAACGGAUAAGCAACGAGGAAGCAAAGACAAGACCCGGUAGACAGGUUAGGGAUAUCAAUAUAAUAUAAUCUUUGCUUAUCUGUGUCGUCCUGCUUAAUUUAUAAACAUCUGUGAGUGUUCUUCAAAAAUAAAUUUAUUACCUAUCGUUUUAUUGUUAUCGUUGAGAAAUGUAAAAAUCAGUUUGAUUGUUUUUAUGUUUAGCUGUAACUACAACAUAAACAUUAAACAUACAUUAUAUUAUUUUGGAUGUGGGAAAGUUUCGUUGUUUAUUUGUUUACGGCUUUUGGUUUAUUUGUUUUAACGAAUUUUUAAUAUUUUAGGUGGUUCACAAACAAUUUAAUUCUCCAAUCGGUCUAUACUCCGAGGAAAAUAUCGCUAAAUCGAUCAAAGGACAAACAGGAUAUACUCCGUAAGUUUUUUUUAAAUAAUUGUACUAUUUCAUUAGAUUUGAGAAAAGAGAAAUUAUAUCAAACAAAACUAUUACAACAAUAUUUUACAGAAUGGCAAUAAACUGUAGUCAGUAACUAGUCAGUUAGUCAUUAAUCUCUUCGACUUCGGAGAUCUAUUGCUAUUUAAUAUAAUAAUCAAUCAUAAAUUUCGGAAAAUGUAUUCGUAAAGGGUUUUGUUUAUUCAUUAUUAUAGUCCAGUCUAUAAAUAUACUAUACUUUAGAGAAAUGGCACAGUGAAUUUUAUACGCCCAGUGUCUCUAUUUUUGUUCUGUCUGAUGACUACUCUGACCUAAAUUUACUGUUACAAAUAAUUUGGUAGCCUCAUCUACUGACAAAAAAAAAAAAAAGUUUUACUCGUCAAAAAGUAUACUAUUAAAUAUAUUAUUAUUCUAUAAUAUUAUUUAGGGAAGAGGAUGAAGAGAAAUACGGUCGUUUGAGGUAAAUUGAUGCAUGAAGCAAGCAUGCAUGAGGAACCUAUAUAUAAAUUAUAAACGCAUUUUGACGAGGGAAUGUUAGUAGCAUGAAAUUUAAGUUCGAGUUAGCUAGAUACACACGAAUUUGUAGUAAAUAUUAUGUCAGUAUAUUAGAUCAGAAUGGAAAACAAUUGCGGAUGUGCUUUGAUAAAAUAUUUUUAAUCGUACUUCUGUUUUUUAUAAAUACAAUACGGCAUCGACAUAGUCGACCAAUAACUUUGCUUAUUUUAUGACCAAAGAACACGUACUUCAUAUCUAAUCUUAGUAUUUUCAUUGACCUAUCCUUCCUGGAACACAAAACCAAACUUAAACACAACCAUCCAUCCUAGUAAAUUCCACUAUUAAUCCUGCACACCUCGAUAUAAAUACUGACUAACAAAAUUGUAAUUAAUAGUUUCUAACAUUUCUUCUGUUUUUCUUUUUUCUUUCGACUUAAUAUACUAUUUAUUCUCUUCACACAUUUCUUUACUAACACCUUCCCCCUCGGAACUUUUCCCUUUUUUUGACUUUGAAAUUUAGACUCAAGAAAACCGUGCAGUACGAUCCAGCUAAAUCUGAAACGUACAAGGCGAUCCAAGAAUCAGAAUACGGAGAUUUACACGCUCAAGAAAUAUCUAAGCCAGUGCAGCCAAAAGUAUUCACGCCUGUUCAAGGACAAGUAAAAGUAAGUCUGGCAGUUUUAAUUUUGUUUGUUUAUUUUUUGUUCAUCUAAAUAUAUUAAUUUCUAAUCGAAACAUUCAUAUUUGUAUUGUGUAAUAGAAAGCUCCGGUUAGCAAUGGCCACACUCAAAAUGUAAGUAUUUUAAUCUAUAUAAAUUGACUGAUAAUUAAUAAUAGUCAAUUCAGAAUUAUUAUGGAUCUUUUUGAAUAAUAAUUUUUGUGUAAUAUAACGUUUUUAUCGUUUUGUAUUUCAGAAGCUGACAACUCCGUAUCAUCCCCAUCCAGGAGUAAGUGUGAUAUAAUACAAUUAUUUAUUUAUUUAAAAAUUAAUACUAAAUUAUUAUUAACCUAUAACCUGAAAUUAUUCAAAUUUAAAUCAAUCACAUUUUAUUUCAAAAAAAAACCUAUUUGUUUUAUUUAAAUUGAACUUUAUCAAAUACAAAAACAAUAAUUAUAUAAAUACUUAUUUAAACUCUGUAUAAUGAUUAAAUUAAAUUUUGAAAGCAUAAAUAAAUCAUUUAUGUUGUUAAGUGCGUUCGAAUAAAAAUUAUUCGGUGAAGAUUUAUUAUCGAUCGUUGCAAAUUAUUUUUACGAACAUAAUAAUAUAUAAAAUUAUUUAAUUUUUUUUUUUUUUUAGCGUGUUUCUCCACAACCUCACCCGACUGCCCCACAUCCGAUGGUACGUGUUUAUAAUAAUGCAGAUUUUUAGAAUUGAAGUAAACGUGCUGUGUUCUUUUAGGCCGAUUACGGUGUUUCCACUGAAGAAAUUCAUCAAAGUGGCAGUUUCAAGCGUUUGAUGCACAUGGUUAUGACAGAAAAUUAAAUACGAAACUAUAAUUACAUUAUAUAUUACAAAAGAAUUAUUCAAUAUUUUAUUUUAUUUAAAUUUUAAAAGUAAGACAGCAAAUUUAGCAAUGAGGUACCAUUAGAUUUGUAUACUAUUCAAAUCAUUUAACUUUUUUUUUUUUUUUAUACUUUCAUCUGUAUAUAUUUAUAUAAAUUGUUAUCACCGACAUUAAUUUAUUAUUAUUUAUAAUAUGUACUAAAAAUAAUAUAAUUUAUAAACUAUAGUUUAAUAUACGUAAAAAUAUACGCAUGUUAUAACUAGAACGAUUUAUUUGCAAAAAUUGUUGAGUGUAGAAUCUAGUCACACUUAUAAAAAAAAAAAAAAAAAAAUUAGACUAACAAUAUGAAUUUUAAAAUAUAAUGUCAUACCAAUUAUUUAUGUUUAAUAAUUUCAGAUAUUAUCUAUAAUAUGUUAUAUAUUUAAAAAAAAUUAAAUAGAUUAAUUGUUAUUUUAUUUAUCGUAUUAUAUUAUGUUAUUUAUGCUCUUUUUCUUCUUUUUGAGUUUCAGAUUCAGAAACAAUAGUAGGUACUACAGAGUUUAUAGAUACUAAAAAGAGAAAACUAUGCAUUUUCGAAAAAUAAGUACCUAACUAAACGGUGAAAAACAUCACUUUGAGUGAAUAAUUUGUUGUCAAGUCAAUGAUUAAUUAAAAUCGCUGACAGAAUUAAUUUGUUUGUCUUAGUCAUAGGCACAAUAAUUGUAGUCCAGGUUAUUCUACGGUUAUGGAUAGUUUCAUAUAUUAUACAUUGUAAUCUAUAUGAGAAUUAAUAAAAAUUAGUAUUUCUUGCAAUGAUUGAACUCAACCUAACCCGUGAGUGUUUCGUGCCCCAUACUUCCUCACACCGCAUUUCAAACACCAUUGUAUGUUAUACAAAAAGUACAAUGGAGACAUGAUAAUAAUAUUUAUUAUUUACUAUUGAAUGACAAAUUCAGAAAAAAAAAUUACAAUAAUUUAUAGUUGAUAAUACAUAAUUUUUAAAAUUAAUUGCAAAAUAGACAAAUAGACGUACCUAUCGUUCCCGUAAAAAUAAUUAGUAAAACAAAAAAUAGAAAAGAAGCUCCAUAAAUCCCUCUCAAAUUCGAGCAUUGCAAAUAUUAUACUUGACGGGUUUAAAAUAUUAUACAGAUGUUUUUUUAUUACAUAUUUUUUGUAGAUGCGGGAAUAUUUCAAACCACGCAAUUAAAAUUAUUAACGGUGGGUUUACAUUCAUUUAGCGCUGUGUAUAUUGUAGGUAUGUCAGCGAUUAUAUUAUUAUGAUAGUUGCAAAAAUUCAACCUCUCGUUAAAUGAGAAUUUAUUUUAUAUAAAUAUACAUUUAACUCGUAGAACUUCUAAGUUUGUGUAAUGAUUAAUAAAUUGUGUAGUUAUUUUAUUCUCUAUAACAUAAACGUCUGGCAGUGACGGAUCUCAGUUCUAAGAGGGGAGUGGGAGGAUAAUUUUAAAGUCACAAGGGUAUGGGGUACAGUUUUUUAAAUGAUAAGUCGGAAGUAAUAAUAUAUAAUGAUGACGAAAUUCCCCCCCCCUUCCUAAAAUAUCUGUCACGGGCGUCUAGAUCAUAUGUAUUCCAUUUAAUAAAAUGAUCAACCUGUUGAUCACAAUAUAAUUAUAAUGAAAGCGUUUGAACGAGAGUCAAAAAUGUGUACGAUUGAGAUAUUAUGGCGAUAUGUAGUGUAAAACAGUGAAAGUUUAUUUUAUAUAUAAUAUAAAAGUAUACCGUCAUCAAUAGGCACCAAAUAAACAGAUAUGUUUAACCGAAAACAAAAUCUGAUCUCAACAUUAUUAUACACACAACCUAUAUUCACACAACUCGAAAGAGACAAUAUUCGUAUCGACAGAAAUUGUGCGGGUACAAAAUUAAUUUACCCAAAUUAGUUGAAUGAUCGGUUAAAUAUUUUUAAGUAUUUUUAAAUACAUAAUACCCAUUUUACAUCCGUUUGGGCCAUGUCUUAAAAACCUUUUAAGAAACCUACAUUUUUUUUUUAAAAAUAAUUUUCUGAAUAGUGGUUCUGAAUUGGUUGACAAAAAGCUAUCGUAAAAAUGUAAUUAAUUAUUUUAUUUAAACACAUAAUCAAUACACGCGAGUAAAUAAUUAGGUUUGUACAUAGGUAAAUUUUUAAAAUAAUUUAAUAAUUCAAUGACUAUUUCAAAGUAUUCCAUAUGAUAACUACUGCAUUACCUACUACAUCAUAAUAUGUUAUAAGUGAUGUGGUAAACUUUUUUAAUGAAUAAAAUACCUACUGGACGAUUUCUUAAGUUUUUUAAUUGUCACUAGAACUGAAAUAUUGGGAGGCUAUUUUUAAAAAAAAUAUAAUAAUUAGAAAAUGGUUGGAAGUAGAAUUUUGCUGAACAUUUUGGACUCUAGUAUAAAAGCCUCAUAUUAUACCUUGGUACGUAGCGAAAUGAAAUGGAUCACAGGGAUUUAUUUAUAUAAUUUAUCAAUAAAUAUAGGAAGGAUUCCUGUGUAAUACAGAGAUUAUCGGAACUAUUGAAAGAACGCGGAAUAUUAGCCUCCUGCAGUCCGUAGGUCGUAUAAUUCCUAUUCAAUUAUUGUAAAAAAUAUAAUAUUUGUCUGGCGUUAACAAUAGUUGUCGUGUCUCCGUAUAGAAUACAAUUUAUGCAUUUUGGCUAAAAUAUUUUCCGAAAUAAAGUCACUGCAAUCAUAAAGUAUUGUAAAAAAUACUUUCGUCGUCGUGUAGUUGUGUCUGAUAUCAAUAUUGCCUAAUCGUAUACCUGUAUGUUAUUUUGUAUACUAUUCAUUUUUUAUAAAUAUACGCGUGUCGAGCGUAAUAUUCGUGGGUUGUAUUUACGGUACGAAAAAAUAUUGGCAUUAAGUAUAUACACGAUUUUUUGUGCUCGCAAACGUUCUAUGAAUACAGCGACGCCAAGUACGCGAUCAGCAAUUAUUAUUGUGUAUAUGUGCCUAUCCGGUAUCAUAUAUAUAUAGAGUUCAUACCGAACUUUUGAUCGAAUCACUUUCCCGGUCGACAAGUGACUGGAAGGAAAUGUAUAAUAUUAUAAUAAACGGUGGAGAGUAUAGUGGGAGUACGUACAGUGUUUGUGUUUACUACACGGUCACGUCAGUGAAAUUCCUAUUUCGCGGUUAAAGAAAUAAACAUAAUAUUUAUUUUCUCCCUAAGUCGACUAUAUGUCGUGCGUUUGACGCAGUGCCAAAAUACUUCAACAUCCUAACCUUAGCGAUAAGAGAGAUAAGGAAAAUUUGUCAUUAUGUCUUUUUUUUUUUUUUUUCGACGGCCCGUAUUAAUCAUUAUGGCCGAAAAUAAUUUGUAUUUGUUUUAAUAAGUACCUACUGUAUGACCUAAUGUAAAGUAUAACAUUAUUUGGGCGUAGGUAAAUUGAGUCCCAAACGAAUUUAUCGUUUUUCAAAAUCGAAUAAUUGAGUCCCUCGUACAAAAAUGAAAGCGGUAAAUUGAGUCCUAUUUGAGUUAUGAUCAAAUAUUAUUAUUUUUAUUAUUAUUGCAUUUAUCAGUUAGUUAUACAGAAUACGCUAUUUUAGACGGAACGCAUUUUUGUAGAUUGUUAAAAAAUGUCGCGUAUUGAUUCUUAUUUUAUCGUAUUUGGGAAAUAUCUACGACUAUAUUAUACACGAGACGCAAUUACCUAGUGUAAAUUUGUGUUCGAGAUUACCUACACGUGCAGUCGUGCACCAUCAGUUGUUACGAGAAAUAUAUAUCAAACUUUAUGACGGAAGUCAUGAAACGUGAAAAAAAUAAAAACAAUUUUUAUUCUUAAUGGUUAUAAAUUUCGAUUUCAUAAAAUGUUUGAAAAUGAAUUCCAGCGAAAUCCAGCAGUUAUUUACCGAUUAUAUUUUAAAAACGUAUAUUGCAUCAGAUUCUACAUUUCCGCCUAAUGUUCGGGCUGAAUUUUCGGCAACAUCAAAUCGUACGACAAAUAGUUGUGAAACAUUUCACGCGAAGUUAAAUAGUUUAUUUUAUAUUGCACAUCCGAAUAUUUAUAUUUUUAUUGACGCACUCAGGAAAAUCUAAUCUAAUAUAUACUAUCAAAUUAGAAGCAAAGAAAUGAGUAAAAAGUCAAAAUAAAAUACCGAAAAAGAGACCAUAUUAUGAUAACAUAUGAUGAAGUGCUGUAAUAAUAAAAUCAGUAGAAUUGACUUUGUUAAUGUCGUAUCAUUUAAAUAUUUACCCAAAAUAUAAUCUUUAAUGCAAAAUUAUUGUAUAUAUUAAUUAAUUAAUUUUUUUCAUAUCUUGUCAGUAUUAAUUAUUAAAAUUACUAUUUUAUACUGGUUUAUUUUUCAUAUUUUAACAGUACCAAUUGUCAUUAGUAACAUGAGUAACAUAUAUACUAUUUAUUAUUAUUACGUAAAUUAAUACAUUUAAUGUAUACAUUACAUAUUUCAAACAGGAAACGGUUUAUCGCUUUCAUUUUUAUUGAGGGACUCAGUUUACCAAAUCCGCUUUAUUUAUUGACGUGCACAUGAUUUUUGAAAGGUCAAAGAACCGUGGUACGUCGCUGGAGUAAUUUAUAAAAUAGUACAUUUAACAAAAAAAAACGUGUAUACAUGUUGUUUAAUUUGGUGGCUUAUUAAUUUGAUAUUGGAUUCCGACCACUACGUCAAAUAUCUUAUUUACUCCUUACAGGCUAAGUACAAUAUAUUAAUGUCGGGUCAAAGUUCCAAUAUCGUAUAAGUAUGUCUUGGACCUUGGUGGGAUUCUGGAUCCAUCUUGUGCCUUUUUCGGCAUUUACUUACGACCGAUAUUUGUAAAAAGUGUAUGGAGUACAGACAAGAACAUUGGUGAAUUCGUAUGGGUAUAUGGCGAUAUCGUCAGAAUAUUACAUUAUUGUAAUGAUUCAUGAUAUGAUAAAUACUCGAUCUAUAAUAUUAUAGGAUGUAAUCGUUUAUAAUUAUUUCUGAAAUUUGAUAUCGGCUCGCGGUAAUCUGCAUGCAGUGGUGUAAAGUUUUACGUCAAAACGAUGAUUUGCGUAACAUGCGUUCUUGACUGCUAGCCACUAAAGUGAUGGCUUCCAAAGUGGCCGACUUCCAAAAAUGUAGGUAGGUAGAUAGGUACUCGUCAAGUCAAGUAGGGCGUAUAGAAACUUCGCGACAAUAACUACGUACUUUGACUUCAAAUAUUUUCAAUAUUUUUAACUCGGGAGAUUUUUGUUUUCGUCGAACUGAAUUGAACGUCAAAAAACUUAAACGUAAAUAAAUUAUUUGCAAAUAAAGUAUAUGUACAUUUACAAAUACAUAAACAUUAUAUAUAUAUAUAUAUAUAAAUAUAUAUAUAUAUAUAAAUAUAUUUAUAUAUGUAUAUAUAAAAUGGACGGUCGUCAAAAACGAACGCGUUUUAUUUUGGCGUGGAAUUGAUAUCGGAUUUCGUAAUAUAGAUUAUUAUCAUUGUUAAUUAAUAAUAGUUGUGCAAUAUGCACUUUAAAAUCACAGUUUGUUUACGUUAGAAAAAAUAAAUAAACUUUUAUGUCGCCUUAUUACACAUGCCCACGUGCCAAAAUAUGCCACAUAUUAUAAUGCUGUCUAAUAAUAUACCUACUGUUGAGUAUCGACAUUUGUUUAUAGGUUGUUUUCCUUCCGAGUCGUUCACAUAUAAUUUCUUUUUUAUGCAUACAUUUAAUAUUCGGCUUCUCGUAUAGUUCGGAUUUGCGUGUAUCACAACAUUUUACGAAAACUUCAACUGAACCCGGGACUAUGUUUCCUAUGAUACCCACGAAAACGUUUGAAGUCACCGUAUCCAUUACGAUAGUAAAUAGCCAUUAGGUCACUCUUAUCAUAUCACAUUAUAUUUUGAUAUGUUAAUUGUUCUAUUCCUAUAACUAUAUAAUUCAUGUUUGUAUUAUUUAACAUUUGUUUGAUAACUGUUGUCUAAUGAAUUAAAACUUGUAAUGAUGAUUCAUUGGACGAUUUUAUGUUGUGUUGUAUUUCAUACUGUUAUGUUUAUACAACUGAUAUGUUAACAUAUCAGUUAAGUAGGCAUAUGACUAUAUUGUCUAUUUAUAAUAUGGAUACUUGAUGUGGGCACUAUUUUUUAACAGUCAUAUAAUUUUAUUGUUCAUUGAUAAUAAUUUUUCAUGUCAUAAUUUUUUACUUGUCUUUCGUUAAUGUUCAAUUUUUAAAUACCUACUUGCCGAUGAUAUAAUUUAAAUUUUGGCGAGAUUUUGGCAUCCAUUUGAUUUACUAAAGAUGGUAGAUGUUAAUUUCACAUCACAUCAUCAAUUAGCAAUCUAAUUUAUCAUCUAAAUACCUGUGGGUCAUGGCUAAAGAUACGUUAUGCUGCGGGUACAAUAAAGAUGAUUCUCUAAAAUCGGCCUGCACGGCGCACGAGCAGGCGCGCCUUGCGGUUCCAAUAUCAUUGCCAAAAAGCGUUGAACCGUAAAUGGCGUAGGCGAAAAUAUUUAACACAACCAAAACAAAAUUACAUUCAUUAACUUCAUAACAGUAUAACGUAUGGAAUACACACGAAAAUUAAUGGUCCGAUAUUGAUUGAUUUAAAUAACCAAUUAUUGCACGUGGCGUGUGUUUAAAAAAUGUAUACGUUAAACGCAUAUAAGAAAAGGAGUUAUUAUAUAAUCAAUUAAAUAUUAAUGUGUAAACUAUGGCGAUUUUCUUAGGAAAUUUUAACCGAGGAUAUUGUCCGUUGAGUAUUUGUAAACAAUCAAAAUAUAUAAAUACUAUGCCGAAAUUUUAGUUGUACGGACGUCAGAAUAUUUAUUUUUACAAUUUACAAGGAACCCAUGUUCUUCAAGAGUUUAAACGGAAAUUAUGUUAUAUCUAAUGAUCGAAAUCGACAUGUGGAUUUAUAAGCCACACAGAAUCGUAGUUAGGUAUUUAAUUUUACUAGUUUUUACGCGAUGAUCUAAUUUCUAAAUAUGAUUAUAUAUUUUAUUCUAUAUCUACGUGUACUCAAGUUACGUUAGUUACUUCAACUUAGGUAGUUCCCUCCCUAAGGGAGUAAAGAGUUCCAUGUCCAGAGAUCACUCAAAGUUCAAUUUAUGUAUUUAUUUUUAUUACUUAUACGAAGUAAAUACUUUUUCUAUUUAAUUGUAAGUUUCUUUGCAAAUAUCUACACAAUUUAAUUUAAUUUUUUUUAAAAUUUUAACUUAUCGCUAUUUAAUAGGAAAUAUUUCUUUUAUGGUUCCUGGUGCCCCCACAAUCCUCAUCCGGUCCUUCCUACUUUAUACUUUAGUAAAUAUCCGGAAACAGUUUAGGAACAUAUCUUCAAAUUGGAAACCUUGACUUAUAUUUAUUUUUGUACAGAAAAAAAGAUAAAUUUUUAUUGAAUGACGAAUAGAUAAAUAGAAGCGGAAAUUCAUUAUGUAUAGAAAAAUAAUUAAAUUUUGGAGAGCUGCUUGUGAGCACCUGAACACUUCGUGUCAAAAAAAUUCGUAAAAAAUAACAAAAACCAUACAUUUAAAAAUUUUAAAGGAAAAAAACAAAACAAAACAAAUAUAAAUUUAGUAUACAAACUUUUUGAGUCUGUUAACAUGGUGUAAGUAUAGUUAUCAAAAAUAUCAAAAAACAUGAACUAUCGAAACGUUUUUACUUGCACUUUCUAUAAUUUAUUUUUAUUAAUUUAUAAUACAGUUGGUAACAUUCUGAGCAGAACCAAUUCAUAAUUCGUAAGUAGGUAUUAUUUUAAUAAUUGAUUUAAUAUUUGUCACGGACAUUAUAUUGUUCGAUGGGGUAAUCAUUACUUCGAGUUUCAGUAUUUUUACAUAAAAACAUUACGUAUACAUUUCAACGUCCAUAUAUUUUCUUAUAUAAUAUAUAGAAAGUCAGAUCGGCCAGAUUUUUUGUCAGUCUAUAACGCUUUUUCAAUAAUUAUACUUACUUAGAACGUAAAUUGUGGCGUUUAGGUUGAAUUAAACAACAGAAUUUAAAGAGGAGAAUAUUUUCGAAGGCUAUACGUGACUUUUUUCUUAAAAAAAAUUAUUAUUUAAAAAAGCUACAGGCAUGUCAGUUUUUGUAUUUUUUAAAUAACUUUAAUUUUUUAAAUUUUACUAUAUCCGACCUAUACAUAUGGGUAUUAUAUCAUCUCAACUAUCAAAUUAUAGAUCUCACGGUCUAUAAAUAAAAUUGAUGUACUUAUAAUUUGUUAGUUGUACUAAUUACGACUUCAAUGCAACUUUAAAUCGUAUGUACCUACCUAACUUCCUAAAUUUUAAAAUCAUAUUAAGUAGGAGCGUAUUUAGCUCAUCUUCUAAGGGUGGGGAGGUGAAAUUCGAACUUUACUCAAACUUAUAAGUUAUUAGUUAUAAACGUAUAUGUCUAUAAGCAGCAGUAUUACGAACUAUAAAUAGAUCGGCAGUUCAAAAUGUUUCGAUUGUUUCGCUUUCAUUUUUUACUAUUUGUGGAUUUCGCGUUAGCCAUUUUAAACAUUUCAAUGAUCGUUAUAAAUAAAAUAAAUAAAAUAGACAAAGGUACUUCCUAGACACUUUAUAUACAAAUAUUUAUAAUAAUUUUCAAUGCUCGCAAUAACUGUUGCCGAAGGGGUGCAGGUGGGUCAUAGUUGUUAUGAUGUUUAGGUGUGUAUAUAGUAGUCAUGUAUCCUCUUGGCAACCACGUGUGUAACUACCGUAAACAUAAUGUGCAAUACGUUUUCAUUGCUUGUAAAUCACCACCGUAGGUGUUCGGUUCGUGUUCAUAUUCGUCGCCGCCGGAAUUGUUGUUCCGGCAGAUAUUUUCGUACGCAGAUACCUAUACAGGUAAAUUCCGCGAAUAUCCGUACCGAAAUGUCCGAAGAAGAUGUUAUACCCGGUAAGAUGGCAAUAAUAAUAUAAUGAUAUUUUCACAUCGUCAUUACUGGCUGUACAAUCGUAUGCAUAGGGUUUAGUUAAUUCAACCAGAUAGCGGGGCUGUGUCGGACAUUAGUGCAUAUCAAUAUAUAAAUAACCGGAUCUUCAUUGUAUUUUAAAAGAAAUGUUCGUUUAUUGGUUAAUUGAAAACGGAGAGAACUAUAUAGUAUACGAGUACUUAUUAAUUUUGAGAGAUCGUUUGCGGAUUUCUCACAGUUCAAUGCCCUGAAAAUUGCGAAAAACUGAACGAGUGUCAAAACUAUUAUAAUUCGUACUCAAAAUUCUAUUCAGAAUGAUUUUUUUUAUUUUUUAAUCCACUUACAAAUUAAUGUCCUAUGCUAGCUUUAUAUUUUUGAAUUUAAGUAUAAAGUUGAUAGGCGCUAAUUGUUAUCGCCAAACUAGUUUAUUCUAACCGAUAUUGUUAUUGUUCGUUUUUUAAUGUAAGUUUAAUUGUGAAAAUCGUAGUUAUACGACAAUAUUAUACCGGGAAAUGAUGUUAUAUACCAGUAUUUCGUUUAAAACAACUAAAUUUUGGUCAAUGUUGGAUGUUAAUGUACAGUUAAUGUUAGGUUUAGUAUAUAGUUUUACUUGGUCACGGGAAAAUAAAAAAAAUCAACUGAUUAGGACUUUACUUUUCAGUAUUGUUUUUAAUGUUUUACAUUAUACUUAACUAACUCUGUAUCAUUAUAAUACUUCUUGGAUAGUUAUUUUUUUUACUAAGUUUGGGUAAUCGGCAAUCACAGUAUUGUAGGUAAAUAUUGGACGCUGUUAAAUUACGAUGUAAGUAAUGUUGUUUAUUUACCAUUGUCAAACAAAUUAACGUAAAUUUCUGUAAACUCAUAUAGUUUUUCGAUAAAUUCUACUUUUAUCAAUGAUAGUCUAAUGUUUCAAACUAUAUACUUAGUCUUGUUUAAAAUAAUAAUUAUAAAUUGCACGUCCCGUCACAAAUAGAAACCCGCGACGUCUUUAUACUACAGGUGAAUGAACCCAUAGUAUGUAACAUACUUCAGUUUAUUAGUUCCUUAUUUACGGGAACUUUGUUUGCUUAACAUGAAAAUUGUUCAAUUUGUUAAAAAUCAAUAGUUUAUUAUUAAAUAAAACAUUUUCUUUGUGGAGAGCCGUUGAGUUACAUUAUACCUGAUUGUUCACUGUAAAUAUAGACAAUAAACAAAAAUGAGGAAGUAAAUUAAUAUUAUAGUAUACGUUUUAUUACAAUAUAUUAUUAUUACCCGUUGAAGGGCUUGACAUUUCUUUUACAACUUAAUAAAAUAGUGCCGAAAAUGAUUACAUUGUUAUUAUUAUAGUAGGUAUUAUAGGCGGAUAUUGUUUUUGGUUUCGUAAUAUUAUCUCGGUAUAUAAGAGGCUGACAUUCCGAAAAUUGAUCAUAGUAGUUAUUAUAUUAUUAUUAUGAUCAGCUUCCUUAUUUUCGAAAACGUCACAUUUUGAAUUUAAAAAAUGUACGCUAUAUAACGAUUAAAUGUCAUAAAAACGAAUAUGCUUUUGUGUACACUUACCUAUUGUAAUUGAUUACAUUGUUUACUCUUAAAAUUAAAUAACGUUAUUAUCAAAAAAAAAAAAAUGUAAAACACAUUUAAUAACCGCACAAAUUAAAUUAUGCACACGUAAACCGUAUGGCACAAUAAUAUUGUGUAGAUUGCGUAUAAUGAACAGCAUCCAAUAUUAAAUAUAGUAAACUCGCUGUUGAACCUUUAAAGAUGUAAAAGUGCCGAUUAAACAAUACAGACAAUACAGCACCUAUAUUUUGCCAUGAACAAAAUAUAAAAACGGCGGUGUAUCAAAACUGUAGUUAUAUUGAUUUAAUACUAACCUCCUUAUAACUUAUAUCACGUUAUAAUAAUUAAUAAAUGUGUAGUUAAAUGUUACACAGUUAAUUAAAAUUUGAUCGGUUUUCAGAUACCGGAGCUGUUUUCACGUACGGCAAAAGCAGUUUUGCUGACAACAUUCCGAGUCAUUUUUUCAUUAGAAAUGAUCCCGUGGUCGAAAUCAGUUGCGGGGAAGAACACUCCGGAAUUGUUUGCCGUGAGAUUUUGGAUUCCUCCGCAGACGUCGUAGUUUUGUCCAUAAAAAUUAAUAUCCGUAAAAUAAUGUACCUAUGGUCAGAUAAUAUUGAAUUUGUUUUGUUCAAAUUAAGUUUUUCUUUUUAAAAAUGAAUAUGAUUACCUAUGUAUAUCAACAUUUAAAUUGUUGUAAAUUGUACCAAACGAUAACAAUCAAACAAUAAUUGAUUUCGAAAAGUAUUAAAGUGAGUAAAAGCGAACGAAGCGAUUCGAGUGUCUAACGUUCAGUAAUUUUAAUUUUCCAGUAUCAAAUUCUUUGACGAACAAAUAUUCAAUAAUUUUUUUUCGGAUAUUAAUCUUUGUAGAUAAACCGACUAUACAGUAUUUAUAGUCAUCAAUAUAGACAUUUAUUUAAAUCUAUAGCUACCUGAUAAAGUUGUAUUGUUAGAACAUAUUUUUCGUUUUAUUAAAUCAUAGAAAAAUAAAGUCAACAUUUAAACGGAUUUGACAAAUCAUAUCAAACAUAACAUAGAGAUUACUAUAAUGUAUAGAAUUAUUAGAUUAAUAAAAAUAAUUGCAGGGUGCGUCUUAUAAACGAGAAAUAAUAAAUCUUAUCACGUUAAAUCGGUUUAAAGUGUUUUACAUUUUAUGAUAAAUAAUACACGUUAAUUGUGUGAUAAUUUUCGUUGUCAUUGUUUUUCCAUUUUUUCUUUUUGCAUAGGGUACCAAAAUACUUGUUCGCGUGACAACGUAAAAUUAGUAAUCAACGGAGGGGGAUAAUAAAAAUACAAACACAAUAUAUAAUUUGCUAAAAAAUAGCAAAUAUAUUAUUGAUAUGAUAUUGUUACUAUUGUUAAUUUUUUUAGAAAACGGACGGGUUUUUUGUUUUGGAAAAAAUAGUUUUGGACAACUAGGCCUCGGACACACGGAAAACGUAUUCAAACCGAAUUGUGUAAAAAGUAAGAAAUAUUUUUUUUUCAUCGGAUACAAUAUAAUAAUCACUAUUGAAAAUAUUAUCGUACAGGUUUAAAACCAGAAAAGGUGAAGCAUAUAGCGUGCGGACGAUCGCACACAAUCGUUUCGACAGGUAAAGAAAUAUUUAUGUCUAUACAAUUUUCGAUCAUUUAUUGUUAACACUAAACGCUGGUCGACAUCAAUUUUCCACUCUUUACACUUCUCUGAUUUUCUAAUUAGUUCACAGUGUGAUCCGCAAUAUUUAUCAGGUUUACACGGAGUCACUAAUGCGCGUUAGCUUAAUUCGUGUUUCAUUAAAAUUAUAUAUUAUAAAUGCACGUUUAAUACAUAUUAUCUUAAUGCGUUUUACAUUUUUUUAAUUAGUUUUUAAUUCGAUUUGAUAAAUCGAAUUAACUUUCACUUUAUUAUUAAACUAUGUAUGUAAACGAUAAAUGAAUCAAUAUUUUUUGGCAGAAAUUGAAUAUCAAUAAAUUAUAUAUUAUAUUUAAAACCAGGCAGAAAUUUGAACUAACCCAACCAGGUAAUUUUGUAAUUUUCCAUAAUAAUGGGAAUAAUUCAUUUUUUAUAAUAAUUCAAUUAAUAAUUAACGCAGAGACUUGAAAUUGUCAUCGUGUACUUACUGUAAGACUUUUAAGACAUGGUACAAUAUUCAAAGUAUUCUAGAUUUGUUGAGUUAUUUAUAGCUAUUUGAAAUUUUUGAGCUUUUUUGGUUUCAUGUGGAUAAAACGUAAUUUAUUUUGAUCAGUAAUUUAAGUUCAGAUUUAUGUUGAAAUGCAUUAACACCACGAACAAAUGUAAUCUAUUACGUUUAGUUACAGAAUACUACAAUUUUAAAUUUAAAUUUUCAAAAACAAUUUUCAUUAAUUCUCUACAUACAACAGUGGACCAUUCAUUGGUGGUUCAACUCCCCCAUCUCCCGAAUUUUUUUUUCUUUUGAAUACUCUCGCUACCCACAUUUUGUUUUAUGUUUUACGUAUAGGUAUAGUUUGGUAGGUACAUAACGAUAUUAUUUGUUGCACCGAAACAUUUAUUUUAGAUUUUAUUGUAAAGUGUAGUACACUAUUAUAGUACGACAUAAACACAAGUAUAAUAUAACACUACCUGUAUUAUAUUUUAAAAAACAAAGUCAGUAGGUAGUGCCAAAAUGCACAAAACAUUAGAUGGGUUGACUAUAACCUAACUGACCAUUGAAGAUAUUUUUGGAAACAUUACUCAUCAUCAAUCGUUCAUUUAAAAAUAAAAAAUUGAAAAUAAUCUCCGCUAAAUUAAGUUCCGCAUAAUGUACACACGUUCAAAAGUCCUUGAGUUAUGGCACCAUCACAAACCAAUUAUUUGACCGCAAUCGCAAACAAACACAGAUUCCACAUCUUAUGGUUUGUUUUUAUUUAUUAUUUAAAUGUAUCAUUCAUUUUUUAAAGAUUUUUUUUCGGAUUUUUAAAAUCUAAUGGGUUCAUUAUUUAUUGUCUCAUUAAUUAUUAUUAAUUUUAUCGGUGAACGAAGUCGUUAUGAGUUUUUCAUUGUAUUUUAUUAUGCAACAAAUAAACAAAUAAAAAAAAAUAAAAUAAUAGGUACAGAGACACGCUAGGAUAUGAUCGCUUCACGUUUUGUUCACCUCGACGAUUUAAUGCAGGUCAUUAUUAUUUUUCAUUUGAACGCCAUUAUAAUGUAUUAUAAUUAUCAUACUGGACAAAAUAAAUGAUGGCAUUGUUGCUCGUAUAUUUCUCAUCAUAUAGUUUUUCUGGUAUUUACUGUUUUAUUAAGGAUUUGAAAUGAAAAACCGAAUGCAUUAUACUCAUGUCCAACCAUUUAUUUUGAAAGUUGACAAUUAUGUUAUUAUAAUAUAGGUACCUACUUCUUGAACGUGUAAUUAUAAAAUAUAAUACUCGUAUAAUUGAGAAUAGUUUUUUAUUUAAGAGAAUUGGAACUGUUUCCAAUUUUAUAAAAUGUGUCCUUUUCCACAUUUUAAUUACCACAUUAAUUUACUGUCCGAUACAAGUAAGAAGUAAGGCUAUUUUUACGGACGAUUAUGACGUUUAAUACCUAAAAUCCAGACAAAACUAUAGGGAUUGCGUUCCGAUGGAUUUCAGUUUCGAAAACUUACUAUCCCAGUAUAUUAUAUUUAUAAUGAAAUUAUUGAUAAAAUGUUUUAUUUUUCCAUAUUUUUUCAUUUAAAUAAUAUUUAGAAAAUAACGGUUGGCCACGAGAUUUUCAUUUAUUAAAUAUUUUAAAAAUUAUAUUUUUCUAACAUUUUUUUUUUUUAAUAAGAAAAAAUGCAAAAAAAAAAAUGGUAAUCUUUUGCAAAAGAAAUAUAUUAAUGUGUAAUAUUUUAUUUUUUCAUUUAAUUAUUAUGUAAAUUAUUUAUUAUUAUUUUGUACAAUACAAUAGUGUCAAUAUAUAUAUACAAAUGUUUAAUAUUUUUUAAUUUUUUGUUAAAUCACAAUUAAUAUUAAAAUAAAAUUGUCGACUUGAAUCAAGAGCGUUAAAGAAACAAAAAAAAUAAUAACAAUAAAUAUUCCCUUGAAAAGUCAAAUAAAAAUAUAAUUUAACGUUUUACAACUAUAGUUUCGCGUGUCGUUUUUGGUUCGACAAAUAAAAAAUGUAAUUUUAGUUCAACAUGUAUAAUUAAUUACUCUUACACACGUCAAUUCAAAUAUCUCGGAAUCUCCCAGAGAAGUUGCGGCUAGAAUAAAAACAGGUAAUAAAUGAUAUUAUCGUCCAACAAAGAUAUUGGGCUCCCGAUUUUUAUCUAGGGAAUUAAAAAAGAGAUUAUAUAUUACUCCGAUUCGUUCGAUAAUCUAGUACGGUACGGAAACAUGGCCACUGAGAAAAAAUAGACGAGCAAAAUGCUUAAUUGGAAAAUCUUCGUACUAGUUAAAGAUUGUGCCAGUGGGUAAUGGAGGAGGAAAAAAAAUGCAGUGCCAGAGUUGUUAUUCCAAAGUACAAAUUUAACUUAUGCAAUGCGAAAGAGAUUUUUUUCAGUGGACAGCUUGUAGAGGUCAGAACGAAAUAUUAAAAGCAGUGAUAGAACAAAAUCCGUACGGAAAAAGACUUUCGAAUUGAAAAGAAAAACCAAUGGAUUGAAAAGGACGGAGGAUUGGGUGUUAAAUAGGAUGGUUUUUAUUACCACAAUGAAUGAUACCGUCGUCAUUAUCCACAUGAAACACAGUUUAAAUUAAAAAAAAAAACAUUUAUUUCCUGCAGAGAACAAUACAAUAUACGGAUUUGGCGAUAACAGCGACGGUCAACUGGGGCAACCGGCGGACGUAACGAACAGCUAUGUGCCCGUUGAAAUUACCAAAUUCGACGAGAAAAUCGUCCAAAUAUCGGCCGGAUCUUACCACACGGCGGUCAUCAUAGGUAGGUAUUGUACAAUAAUAUAUUAAUGUUGCACGUAAUACGAAUGCCUGAUAACGUGUUUUUUGGUUAUUCGUCAUUUAUGGGGGCUAUUUUUGCCGACAGAAAACGGCGACGUUUAUGUUUGGGGUUCAAACGCCGACAGACAACUGGGACUGGACUCUAUAAAUGAUUCGGUCAUCGUCAGGGUGCCUACCGUCGUGCCGAUCUUCCGACCCGUCGGAUACGUGUCGUGCGGGCAUACUCACACCGCGUUCGUUACCAGUAUGUAUAUAUCUAUUUCCAGACUAAUACCUACGAAUAAUUAUCCGCUGUCUUAUUUUUUUUAUUUUUUAACUCUUUUUCCACCUUUUUAUGGAAUCGGCCACGUAAGCCUCAAAUCUUCACCUUAUUGGUCAUCCACAUCUAUGCACAUUUUUCAUAUUAAUCAUUGAGGGUGCUCAAUCGUGUCUGACCAUCAUCGCUAUUUCAAUCCUCCUCUGCCUCAACAUUCUUCCACGUUAAUUUGUAAAUUCUUAAAUUCGUGACUCGUGUCUUAUUUUAAUCACAUGUCCGAACCAUCAUCUCAAUCUACUCACUCCCUUAAUAUGUUUUCCUUAUCAACAUUCAGAAGAAAUCGAAAACGCUCCCGAACCGUCACAUAAGUAACUCAUUCCCAAUGCCUGUAACCAGCAAUUAUUGAUAGAGGGGAUGGGGGGCGUACAUGUGCACACACUACAUAUACAAAUAUGAAUUUAGCUGUUGACUGUUUUUUGCUUAUUGGAAAUUUAUUUAAUAUACAACUAUUUUUAUCUGCUAUUUCCGAUUACUCAACAGUUGUUUUUAUAAUUUCCGACUACAAAAACAGAUACAUUUUUUUUUCUCAUAAUUUUUGUCGACUUAAACGAAUUAAACCGUUAAAUCGCCGACUCACAAAUGUAAUUAUCGAAGUUUGGAGGGGAGGAGGACGUGUCAUUCAUGACUCAUUCUUUAUUCUAUUCAACUAUAACUCUAGUCACCCAUCUAUAACAAAUCUCAUCUUUGCUAAGUGAUGACCACAGUGAUGUUCUGCAGUGUUGAGUUGCAUUAAUAUAACAAAUAAUAUAUAUAGUUGUGUUAAUUGUUAGGCUGCCAGUUUAUCCGGUAUAGAUAACAAAAUAUAAUGUUCGUGACACGUCACGAUAUGUUUCAGAGGCCGGAGACAUUUUUACAUGUGGCGACCGGGAUUAUGGAAAACUCGGCCACGACAUGCAGUCGCUUAGUCGGGUAGACACGUCCGAAAAGAUCAUUCAAGUUGCCUGCGGAUCAAAUCAUACAGUCGCGUUGAGCGGUAAUUCGAUAUAAUAAUACUACAUUUUAUCGUUGUCAAGUCAUAUAUUAUAUUUAUAACAUUUUUGUGAUAUCUAUUGCGCGAGACCACAGAAUAAAAUUAAGUUAUUUUGUGCUGAAACUGCGGUAUUUAAAUUAAAUGUUUUGUAAAAUUUGGAUUGUCCUAGACGCAGGAAAAGUGUUUGUUUGUGGUAACAACGACUGCGGCCAAAUCGGCUUGCGAAGUGUCACGUCCCAAGGUCAUCUAUACCCUUGUGCCAUUACCACCGAGCGAAUCGUUCAAAUAACGUGCGGCGAAAAUCAUAGCGCUUUUAUUACCGGUAAAUUGCAUACCUAUCAGUGUAUAUAUUAAAACAAAAUCUGGUAUGAUGGUAUAGAUGAAAAGUUACGAGAGUAUAUAAGCCUUUAAAUUAGAGGUAAUUUAGUUUAUAUCCUAAUAGUGACGAUAAAUCAUUGUAAACAAAAAAUAAUUAUGAGUAGUUGCAGUGUUGCAGUGAAUAAUAUUUUAAUUCAUGUAUAUUCUUGUAAACAGUUGUAAAUCAGAAAAACAAAUUGUCCGAAAUUUAAGUGUGGCAACCCCCUUCCUUUAUAAAGAAACUAUUUAAAUUUCAAAAAUAUCGAUUUUAGAUCUUUUAAGCUAUUAUACGGUACAAAAAGUGUUUGGGCCAUUUUUACUCAGAUAACUCUCUAAAAAGUGUUUUCCAAGAAGACAAAAAAACUUAGUGUAGAAAACUAUAAAUCGCCUUCCUCACUUAACUUAUAAUAUAAAAUAUGAUAUAAUCAUAGUAAUACAGCUUUAGAUACCUUUAAAUGCUCGCGUGGCUUACUCAAUGGUCUUUAUUCGCGAGGGGUAAACAAUUUCCUAUGAUUCAAUAUUAAAUUAUAUCAGUACCAACUUCCAGUUAAUUAAAAUUAAAUUAAAAGUAACAAUUUCCGUGCUUAAAAUACAUUGCUUAGUAUCCGUAUCAUGAGAUACAAUAAUUUCAUUUGAAUUGUCAUUUUGUUCAACUUCUUCAUUGCUUGAACAAAUUUCUUUGUUUGAUCCUUUGUUAUAAUUAUUAUUACAAAUCAAAAAUGUAUAACAAAAUAUUAACUAUUAAAUAUUACUAAAUAUUACAAAAUAUGUUUACGAGGUUAUAGUUAUUAUUAGCACGGGGUAAUUUUUCUCCAAACGUCACGAUUAACUUUGGCGAACAUUCAGAGAAAAAAUAAUCGAAAAUAAAAUUAUCAACCGUUGUAACAAUAAUCUACACAUACAUUCAAGUAGUGACGUAGUAAAGGGGGGUUUUGGGUGUUGUAAUCCAUCCCCAUUGCUAUUUUUAGGCUAUAGGUAAGAUUAAAAAGUCGUAGAACGCUAACCCUUGAAUUGAUAAAUCCUGGCUACGCCACGGUAUAUACGAUAAUAAGAGACUAUUGUGAACAUUAAAAUUGUACAACUGAUAACCUCGAUAAAAUUAAUACACGAAAAUAGCAUAGGAGUACUUACGGUAAUAUUGGAAGUUUUCGAACAAAAUGUCGUGUUACUUGUUUACGGGAAAAGGCAUUGAUUGAUUUACCGUUUUAUUAAACAAAUAUUUUUAAUAUUAUUACAGCGAGUGGUAAACUUUUCACGUGUGGCGAUGGGAAGUACGGGAAGCUCUGCAUGGACGUUAAUCAAACAACAAUUCCGACGCUUGUAUCGACAUUUGUCGACAGAAAUUUAAACGUGCAGAUGGUAAUUAUAAUAAUAUUAUUGUUUCAUCAAUCAGGAAAAAAUGUUUUAAAUAAAAAAUAUUAAUAUUAUAAUUUUAGAUUCGGAGUGUAGGGAUAUAUUGGUUUUAUUGUGGUGUGCGUUGUUUUAAAUAUUUUUAUUAUAUGUACACAACUUUUCAAAGAAAAAAUUUACUCUGAUUUAUAGAGUGUAACAAUUUUUCUGAAAGGUAAUUUUGUCUAGUUAGUGCAUUAAAAAGGGAAGGUACUUUAGAGAGGUAGUUUUUCGAUUUUCUCUAAAUUUUUCUCAUCAAAUGUGAAAAACCAAGAAAAAACAUGGGAAUAACGGGAAAAUCGGUACAUAAAAUAAAUAUUAUGAAAGAAAAUAUAUAAUGCCUAUUUAAUUAUUUUACCAUAGUACGACAUAUAUAUUGUUGACAAAGCAUCAUUAUCAACUGAACUCCGUUCAAAAUCGUUUUUUCGUUAGUGACGGUUUAUCGUUGCUUGCAGAUAUACAUUAAAUUACUUAUAACUGUAGCUGUACCCGACUCCAUUAUCCUCAGACGAUUUUUUUUUUAAUAAUUGAGCAAAACUGAAAAACACAGAAAUCAAUGGGAAAAUUUACAAAAAAAUUAUUUUAUUAUUUUAAAUUUUGUUUUUUUUUUUAAAUUUAAUUCAGUUGAAAAUAUGCAUAAACACUUGAAUUUUUUUUUUUUGAAUCGUGAUAAAAUUUUCAAAACAUUUGGUCUAUUUUUAAGCUAUUUAUAGAUAUUUUGCUUGAUUUUUCGUUGGUAGGUACUCUAUGGAUACAAUUGUUCGACUAAACAAAAAUGCUUGAACAUUUGACAGGAGGUUCAUUAUAAAUUAUACUAAGUGGUUAAAAAAAAAAAUGUGUAAUAUAGGAUUCUGUUUUUAAAACUUUUUUGUAAAAGUUUUAAAAUCAAAUGUUGACAAAAAUUGUAAAUAUUACGGUCUUUCAAAACAUGAAUAACCAAACUUCGCUCCGAAUUGUUUUCGUUAGCAAUGGCUGGUUACAGAUUCAAAUUAAAUAACUUUAUUUAUCCCAUAUUUCCAAAUACUUAAAGGUGGGCAAGUUAAUAAAAAUAAUUAACUUAAAAAAGUUAAGUUGAUUAAAUUAAAUUACCUUCAGUUAAAGGUUAAAAGUUAACAAAAAAAAAAUUUAACUCGAUAAAUUAAAAGUUAACAUAGAAAAUAUAAUUAACUUAACUUGAUUAAAAAAAGUUAAUAAUAUUUUUUUAAGCUAUAAUAUUAAUAAGUCAAAAAGAUCUCUAGUAUUUUAAUUUACACAUUUACCAAGAUGUUUAAACAUCAGUGAUUUACGCUGUGUAAAUGUCAACUACAAAAUAUUAAAUUAUUAUUACCUAUAUUAAAUUGUUAUCAGAAACUUAGAAGAUACAUCUAUAUUCUAUUCAUAACUAUACAUUAUUUGCUAGUUUCAUUUGUCAUAUUAUAAUAUAUUAAUAUACGGAAAUAUAAAUUAUAAAUUAUUAUUAGAUAAAGUAAUUAAUUUCCAGCAUGCGAUUAUCAAUAUUAUGAUAUAUUAUUAGAAAAUUAUCAAAAUCGAAAUAAAGUCAGUUUUUUCUUUUGAUAAAGGAUGGUACAAAACAAAAUUAACUUAACUGCUCGAUAGUGAUAAUUAACAUUAAAAAGUUAAGUUAAAACAAUACAAAUUUUAACUAAAUAAGUUAAUAAGUUAAAAACAAAAAAAAAAACUAGUUAAGUUAAAAAGUUAAAGAAAAUAUUAGCUUUUUAACAAGUUAAUGCCCACCUCUACAACUAUCCACCCAAAACAGUGGCCACACUCGUCUCCAAUAUAAGUUCUUUUUACAUUAGCUUUUAUGCAUAUUAUGUAGGUGAGCUGUGGAGGCAAUCAUACUUUACUUCACGCCGAGCCAGUCGAAAGCGAAUCAACCGACUAUGAUGUACAAAAUAAUAUUAAAUCUUCCGAUACAUUACCUCCGUUAAAGGUUCCGAAAAAAGUGGCUGAAGAACGAAAAGAGACUGUCGAAUCGUUCUCGUCGAUCGUCACUCAAGUUGAGGAUAAUGACGAUGACAAAGUUUUGAAAGUCGUUAAAGAGGAAAUAAAGGUAAGACUAAUAGACACAAUAACGUUGAAUUCGAGAUUAUAUAAAAAAAAAAAAAACCCCCAUUAAAAAUAAUCUUUGUAUUUAUAAUAUUUAUAGGAAAUUAACCUCAAUACGACCGAUCUACAAAAUCCACAAGUUGAUAAAAUAUUUAACGACGAAAAAAUUAUACCAAGUAAAUUAGGUAAUAUACAUACCUAUUUAAAUGUACACACUUAACAGGGACGGAUCAAGGAGGGCUACGAGUCCAGCCACCCCUUCCCAGACAUAUUAUUUCUUCGAUUUUUAUAAUUGUAUAGAUUCUUAAAUUACUGUAUUCUAAUCACUGAUAUGUAUGAAAUGUAUGGAAAUUUGGACAUGGAGAAGAUUGUUGAAAGUCAUCCGGACAGAAAUGAAAAGUAACAUAGGUAUAUUAAACGAAGUUGGGGAAAAAAGAAUUCUGUUGAACAUCAUAAAAGAAAGAAGCGGAAAAAUGUUUGGUUUAGGUGCUGAGACACAGCCCGUUUAUGACAAAUGUAUUUGAAGGACGAAUAAAUGGACACAAGGGGAGAGGUAAACCGAGAAAGGCACACAUAGAGUAAAUUAUGAGACAAGCUGUGAUUACACUCGAUAUGUGGACAUAAAAAGACUGGCGUUUAAUAGAGAGGAGCGGAGAACCAGAUUUGAAACGACAAGGCAAAAGGCCAUUAGUAAAGAAGAGGAGAAGAGACAUGAGAAAAUAAUAUACAUGAUGUAUUAUAUUAUAUUUUUAUUGUAUUUGUGUUGUAAACGAAUUUUUGGGCCCCUCCCUCAGAUCUUUGCUCUGGAUCCGUGCCUGACGCUUAAUACUAGUAUAACUCUUUAUAAUUAUUAAAAGAUUAGUAAAUAUGCAGUCUUUAAAAAUUGCGAUGGAUUCAUAAAAUAUAUGCAUGUCAUCUUGUCGUAUUUAUAAUAUUUUCAAAAUAUUAUUGAGAUAUAACAAUUAAAUCAAAUCGCCGGACUAAACGUUUAAAACUUAAACUUAAAACUUAAACUGUUUAAAGAAUACUGGCAUGAGAUUUCUCUUUACGAUAAGACCGCACAAUAUGACUUUCUCACUUCCAUUUACUGAAAUUAGGUAUUUUUGCUCUGUUUUGUCGAAGAAAUAGGAAACUUAAAUAACGUAGUUGAUGAACCUGCAUUAGAAAAAGAAGAAAUAAAUACAAAAUUGUCGGCUAACAACACAGACGACAAGCAAAAAGAAAAAAAAACAGUAACUAAAUCAAAAUAUCUUAAAAAUGAAAGAAUACGAGUAAGUUUUUUUUUACUACAUUUUUGAAACUCAUUACAUUAUUAUAAUAUAUUUUAUUGUAGAUAAAUUUUUUUUGUUUCAGUCUCGUUUUUGUGUAGUGAUCUAA